GCUGCUGUAUUUGUUGUUUUUUUUUAACGAACAUGGCUUCGAUUUCAUUAGCUAAUUUUCAAACCCUGAAACUAUUCCCUUCUCUCAACUCUUUUCUGCACUCCAAGCAACCCUGCAUUGUCUCCUUAUACCAUCAUCCCGAUAAGGUUGUACCUUCAUUGUCUCUCUCAAAACCCAAAGGAGAUUCUUUUCACCCAGCUGUUGGACUCAUCGCUAACUCAGUUCCCUCAAGAAAUGGGAAUUAUACAGUGGGUGAUUUCAUGACCAGGAAAAAGGAUUUACAUGUUGUCAAAGCUACAACAAGCGUGAAUGAAGUAUUGGAAGCACUUGUGGAGAGGAGAGUCACUGGUUUCCCAAUGAUAGAUGAUGAAUGGAAUUUGAGAUUUUUUUCAUGGAGAGAAGAUGGUCUUGGAGUAGAUUAUUGUUCUAGGAUUGGGAAUUCUGAGCUAUAG